AUGAUGGUGGAGGACGAGGAGCUGGAUGCGCGUGCACUUGAGCUGGACGCGGACUUGGAGCCGCGCAGCCGCCCGCGCUCGUGCACCUGGCCGCCGCCGCCGUGUCCCGAGGACUUCCCCGCGGCCACAGAACUCAACGGGGCUCCUUGUCCACUGCUGAAGACGGAAGCCGAGAUCGGGCCGCCGUGCAGAUCAGGGAGGAAGAGUGCGAACCUCGCCGAGGUGAAGCGCGAAGCCGGAGCCGCGCCAUUGCCAUGUCUGACCGGCGCUGCGCUCGAGGUCUCCGGGCAGCUGCGCAAAGCCAAGUCAUCACGCCGGAACGCAUGGGGGAACCUGUCAUACGCGGACUUGAUCACCCGCGCCAUCGAGAGCACACCCGAGAAAAGGCUCACCCUGUCGCAGAUAUACGAUUGGAUGGUGCGAUUCGUACCUUAUUUCAAGGAUAAAGGAGACAGCAACAGCUCGGCCGGAUGGAAGAACUCCAUACGCCACAAUCUGUCACUCCACACCCGCUUCAUCCGGGUGCAGAAUGAAGGCACAGGGAAGAGCUCCUGGUGGAUGCUGAACCCUGAAGGGAGUAAGGCUGGGAAAGCUCCCCGGCGACGGGCUGUCUCCAUGGACAACAGCACCAAGUACCUGAAGUGCAAAGGCCGUAUAAACCGCAAGAAGGUGCUAGGCAGAGCAGUGGUGGGGACAGUGGGGCAGGGAUUUCAUGGCUCCCCACAGCAGCCUAGUCCAACAGGGAAGCCUGCCACAGGAGCAACAGGUGUUGGGGAGGAGUUUGAGGCAUGGACUGAUCUCCACUCUCGGACUAGUUCUGUAGCCUCCACACUGAGUCUGUCUCCCAUUAUGGCAGAGGAUGAGUUGGAAAACACAGAGGAGGGUAGGUUGUCCUGCUCCACUUCCCCACACAUCUACCCCAGUCCCUCCAGCACUCGCUCACCUGUGGCACAUUGCCCACCUGUGGAGUUGCCACAGUUAGCGGACCUCACUGGAGCCAUCAGAUUGGAAGAAGGUUACCAUCACCAACAGCCCCCAUGCCACAAGCGCCCCCCAUACCACUACAGCACUGGGUCAAAAGUUCAGGGCUCCUACAGUAGCCCUGCCUAUGGACAAGCAGGCAUGGGCAUGCUGUGCCACCAAACACCAUUGCAGACCAUCCAGGAAAAUAAGGCCUCCAGCUUUUCCGGCAACAUUCAGACUUACUCAGGCACAAAUACCCUACAUAAUCUGCUUAUUGGAGGCUCACAGUACUGUGUUAAGGACAUGAUGCUUGGCCAGGAGCAUGAGCCCAUGAUGGUUCCUUCUAGCAGUAGGGUGGGCAACUGUCAUAGCCAUAACUCUGGGCACACCCACAAUAGCACACAUGAUCAUAACCCUGCUCACAGUCACAACAGCACCCACAGUCUCAACCAAUCACACAGCCACAGCUCUGGUUCAAACAUAGCCAACAACCCCAAUCAUAGCCACAGCAUGAAUCACAACAUGAGUCACAGCCUGGGACAGAAUCAUCAGACUCAGAGCCAUGCUGUCCAUGCUCAACCCAUCAGUGGCCACAUGCAGUCAUACAGCCAUAAAGCUCCAUAUUUGUACAGUCCUCCAGUCCAUGCACACCUUCCUGCCUCAACUACUCUGCCCCCAAAUCCUGCUGGCAUGCAGGGUAUCUCUCAGGACUCUUGCCACCUAGCCACUGCACCACACCCUCAUCCCCGCUACAGCGCCACAUACCCAGGCCCACACCAGCAGGCAAUGACUGAUGGACCAUACCAUCAAGCUCAGGGAAUGGGGGGAGGAGGCAGUGGUUACCAAGGGUACCACCACCCCCAUCACGGCUACCCUCAUGAGCGGCUACCAGCAGACCUAGAUCUGGACAUUUUCCAUGACAGCCUGGACUGUGAUGUCGAGUCUGUUCUCCUCCAUGAUAUGAUAGACUCAACAGAGGAGAUAGACUUUAAUUUUGACUGCUCCCUGGCACAGGGGAUGGGUGUUGGGAUGGGCAUGGGCAUGAGCAUGGGACUCACAGGCCCACAACAGAGCCACAGUAACCAGAGUUGGGUGCCUGGCUAA